AUGGCUUCUCCCAUGUCUGGAGACCAUCAAGGAGAGGCCAGCACAGCCAUUGUCUCCCUGGUAGCGCACAAGGAUGAAGUGGCUUCUUCAAUGCCUCAAAACCCUGCAGCAGACGCGGGCACACCCCACUUUGCCCCAGCAGCGGACAACGAAAGAGACCCAGUGGCUUCUCCCUUGGCUCGGGACCCUCGGCAACAGGUGGCUUCAGAGCACAGAGUACGUCCCCUAGUCAAGCACUGCCAUGGCAAGGGUAGGCCUGGCCCGGCUGUCCCAGUGAGCGUCACCCAGGCCAGGCCAGCAGCACUGCGCGCACAGGGGCUGGCCGUACCCUGGCCACCCCUCCCUGGGGAAAGCCCUCAGUGGCGAGGUAGGCAGGAGCUUCCCCAUCGCCCGCCCAGCCCCUUGCCUACAGCUCUCCUUCCCCCACAGGCAUGGCCGCCCUCCCGCACACCCCAGCUCGACAGUGAUGGCCCUCCUUCUUCAGGAGGACGCUCAGGGCUCUGCACACAGCUUUCCACUGUACCUGCAUCACGGGACAGCAAGAGGAACAGCGCCCCGCUGCCAGCACCAUGUGGCUCUCCGAAGAUGGCAGCUGGCCCUGAGCCUGCAAGCAUCCAGAAGGAGCGGCAAGGGGAGGCACACGAGGGAUGGGUGCAUGGACAGCGCCCCAGGCAUUCAGCUGCCCUGAGGACAUUCUACUGCCAGCCUCUGCUCGGCUGUGGAAGCUUUCUGAGGCCAAUAAAGAUGACAAUUUUCCCCCAGUGCUCGUCAGUGCCUGUUCCAUCUCAGGAGAAAGACAGCCUGGCCAUGCUCCGUGACCACUCUGCCCCUCCCACGGCUCACACCAACCCCACCACGGCCACCGGAGCAGGGCAGCACCAGUAG